UUCUUUCUUCGGAGCACUCCUCGGUCCUCUCGCACGACAAAUCACAGUACCCGCCUUCUUAUCCCAAAACCCAAAACCCCUCUCUCCGUGCAGCAGCAGCACUCCUCUCCAUGACUUCCCUAUCGCUUUCAACCAAGUUUUCUCUCUACCCAAAUGGCACAUUUCUCCAAUUUAAGUUCCCAAACAGACCUCAAAGAAUCACCGUCCCCACGAAAACACCGAUAGCGUGCUCAGCCACAGAGCCGCCGAAGCGACGACAAAAACCGCCGAAGAAGAAGAAAAGCGUCGCUGACGGUGAGAAAGGGGUCGACCCAGUUGGCUUCCUUACCAAACAUGGCAUUUCCCAUAAGCAAUUUGCUCAGUUCCUCCGUGAAAGACACAAAUCCGUGAAGGACCUCACUGAUGAAAUUUUCAAUCGUCACGCCAAUCUCCGGGAUUUGGCUUCUGGGUUUGAGAUAUUGGGUAUGCAUCGACACCCGGAACACAGAGAGGACUAUAUGGAGUGGGCUCCAGGUGCUCGCUACUGUGCACUGGUUGGUGAUUUCAACGGGUGGUCCCCUACUGAGAACUGUGCAAGAGAGGGUCAUUUUGGCCACGAUGACUAUGGAUACUGGUUCAUCAUUCUUGAAGAUAAGUUGAGGGAUGAAGAAAAACCAGAUGAGCUCUAUUUUCAACAGUAUAACUACAUCGAUGACUAUGAUAAAGGUGACAGUGGUGUUACCAUUGAGGAACUCUUUAAGAAAGCAAAUGAUGAGUAUUGGGAACCUGGAGAAGACCGGUUUAUAAAGAACCGUUUUGAAAUGCCAGCAAAGUUAUAUGAGCAGAUUUUUGGGCCUAAUGGUCCUCAAACAUUAGAGGAACUUGAAGAAAUACCAGAUGCAGAAACUAGAUAUAAAUCUUGGAAAGAACAGCAUAAAGAUGAUAUACCUAGUAACGCACCUUGUUAUGAUGUGAUUGACAAUGGAAAAGAGUACGACAUUUUCAACGUCGUGCUUGAUCCUGUGUCGCAAGAAAAAUUUCGAGGAAAGAAGCCUCCCUUGGCAUAUUGGUUUGAGACACGCAAAGGAAGGAAGGCAUGGUUGAAAAAGUACAGUCCAUGCAUUCCUCAUGGGAGCAAGUACAGGGUCUAUUUUAACACUCCUAGUGGGCCAUUGGAACGAGUGCCUGCUUGGGCUACUUAUGUGCAACCAGAGGCAGAAGGAGAGCAAGCUUUUGCAAUACACUGGGAACCACCGCCAGAGUAUGCAUACAAAUGGAAAAAUUCACGCCCAAAAGUGCCAAAGUCUUUGCGCAUUUAUGAAUGCCAUGUUGGCAUAAGUGGAUCAGAGCCAAAAAUGACUUCUUUCAAUGAUUUCACAGAGAAGGUCCUUCCUCAUGUAAAGGAGGCUGGGUAUAAUACGAUCCAACUGAUGGGAGUUAUUGAGCACAAAGAUUAUUUUACUGUUGGAUAUAGAGUCACGAAUUUAUAUGCUGUUAGCAGCCGAUAUGGAACUCCUGAUGAUUUCAAGCGGUUGGUUGAUGAAGCACAUGGACUAGGACUGCUGGUUUUUUUAGACAUAGUACAUUCCUACUCAGCUGCAGAUGAGAUGGUUGGAUUGUCACUAUUUGACGGAACAAAUGACUGCUACUUCCACACAGGUAAACGGGGACAACACAAGUACUGGGGUACCCGAAUGUUUAAAUAUGGCGAUCUGGAUGUCCUGCAUUUUCUUCUCUCAAAUUUGAACUGGUGGGCCACAGAGUACCAAAUUGAUGGUUUUAAUUUCCAUUCACUCUCAUCGAUGAUGUACACACACAAUGGUUUUGCUUCUUUUACCGGUGACUUGGAGGAGUACUGUAAUCAAUAUGUAGACAAGGACGCAUUGCUAUACCUCAUUUUGGCAAAUGAGAUACUUCAUGUUCUCCAUCCGAAUAUAAUAACAAUUGCCGAAGAUGCAACCUUCUAUCCUGGGCUAUGUGAACCCAUCUCUCAAGGCGGGUUGGGGUUUGAUUAUUGUGUCAAUCUCUCUGUAUCAGAGACGUGGUCAAAUUUCCUUGAGAAUGUUCCGGACCAUGAUUGGAGCAUGACUAAGAUUGUCAGCACAUUAAUUGGCAACAGAAACUAUGCUGAUAAAAUGCUUGUGUAUGCUGAAAAUCACAACCAGUCAAUAUCUGGAGGGCGGUCAUUUGCGGAGAUAUUGUUUGGUGAAAUCAAGGAUGGUUCUGAAGACACGGAUAAAUUACUGCUCAGAGGUUGUUCCUUGCACAAGAUGAUCAGGUUAAUUACUUUGACAAUCAGUGGCCGUGCUUAUCUCAACUUCAUGGGCAAUGAAUUUGGGCAUCCAGAGUGUGUUGAGUUCCCCAUGUCAAGCAACAAUUUCUCGUUUGCUCGUGCCAACCGUAGGUGGGAUCUUCUUGCCAAGGAAGGAUUGCAUCGGAACUUGUUUAUCUUUGAUAAGGACUUGAUGAAGUUGGAUGAAACUGAAAGAGUACUUGCGAGAGUUUUACCGAGCAUUCACCAUGUGAAUGACAAUACCAUGGUAAUAGCUUACCUGAGAGGCACCCUUCUAUUCGUAUUCAACUUUCACCCAACAGAUUCUUAUGAAGGAUACGGAAUAGGUGUAGAAGAGGCUGGAGAGUAUCAACUCGUGCUAAAUACGGAUGAAAUAAAGUACGGAGGUCAGGGACUUAUAAAGGAUGAUCAAUAUUCUAGGAAAACUAUUAGCAAAAGAGUCGAUGGCCUCCGAAACUGCUUAGAAGUGCCUCUGCCUAGUAGGACUGCCCAGGUUUACAAACUAAGCCGGAUCUUGAGAAUAUAAAGAGUAUUGCACUCAGAAAGCAAAUUGCAAGCUGACUUUGAAGAACGAAAGCUAGCACCUACUACCUACCGGCCAUCAAGUUAAAGUAUGUAUGGCUGUUCACCACCUUCACUAGUGACAUUGAUGGGGAGACUCACAGUUUAACAAGAAGUUUAAGCAUUCAAGAAGAAAGGCUUUGCAUUGGUAUAUCCUCCACGUUAUCGUGGUUCUUUCUUUUGGAGAUUCGAGGCUGCUGGUCUUAUUUCUCCCAAAAGUAAACUCAAGGAAGCGAUGCAUUGUGUCCAGCAAAGAGGGUUCAAGCUGAACUUCUGGAUGACGGGAAUUACGAUAUUCAGCAAAGAGGGUUCAAGCUGAACUAUUUCUCACCCUACCUCCUCAAGGGGGAGAGUACCUUUUGUGUGAGGUAAAAUUUGAAGAGUAUGCAACAUAUAUAAAUUAGGCUGGACGUCAAUUCUAGAUGGGGAAAUGCCGACGAGCGGCCGUUGUGUGUUGAAAUUUGGUAGUUAAGACUUGAGAGAAGCAUAUUCCUUCAUAAUCUGAGUAUUUCUUUCAGAACAAGAAUUUCAGGAGUACAUAACAAUUAACAGGUUAACAUUUAAGAACAUGGCGGUGCUAUUCACACAUCGAUUUUCAACUGUCGGAUUGAAUGAAUUUGUUAGGAUGUCAGAUGACAUCAUCUUAUGGUGACAGAUUUACAAUGAUAUUAAUAGUAAUACUUAGUUAAUAGUGGUUAGAAUUGAAGGGUGGUAUCUUGUAAAAGAAGGGCAGUAAAUGAAAAAGUGUUUGGUAUUUUGGUUUUCCUGAA